CUAUUUCUCACACACCAUCCUCCGAUUCCCUCAAUUUCUCUCUUCAAACCUAAACCCUAAACCUAACCCCCCCACCAUAGCUCUCUCUCUCUCUCUCCAAGUAUAUUAAUUAAUUCACUCCACCAAAUAUAUUUAUUUAAACUUCCCCCGGAUCUUGCCUACCUUUUAAUACCCAUUAUUAUUAUAUACCUAUAUCAAUUUUCAUUAGUUUUCUUCUGCUUCUUCUUAUUUCUUCCCCGAUCAUCCUCCUCGGCCGGGUCGCUGCCACUGCCAGCUUCUUUCGGGAGAUCACUUCCCACGUCACCUCAUAAAUUCAGAUUUAGGAUCAUCCGUCCAAUAUCAACAACAAGAGAACAAUGACAACAAUUUUCCGUUUCAGAUCCAAAAAUUAAAAAAGAAAUUGAUUUCAAUUUCCAGUUAUUAGAGAUGUAAAAGCUGGAGUUUAAUUAAUUACGUUUAUGGAAAUGGAUGAUUUUACUGAUUGUGUAUUGAAAUUUUGAAACACAGAAGAAAGAAAAACCAUCCCAAAAAUUCAAAUCCAAAUUGAGAAUAGAUGGGUUUGUUAUCACUAUUGGAGGUGGCAUUAAUGCCCAAUUUACAAGUCAUUCUCAUUUGCUUGGUGGGUGCCUUUUUGGCCACCGAUUAUUGCAACCUUCUUCCCGCCCAUGCUCGAACCUCUCUCAACAAGAUUGUGUUUACUGUUUUCACUCCAUGUCUUAUAUUUGCAAAUUUGGCCAAAACAGUCACCUUUCAAGACAUUGUUUCGUGGUGGUUCAUGCCAGUGAACAUUGGUCUUACUUUUCUAUUUGGAGGAAUAUUGGGAUGGAUAGUUGUUAAAAUAUUGAAACCCAAGCCAUAUCUUGAAGGCCUUGUCAUUGCAGCCUCUUCUUCUGGGAACUUGGGUAACCUUCUUCUCAUCAUCAUCCCUGCUAUCUGUGAUGAGGAUGGUAGCCCUUUCGGUGACCGCGAUACCUGUACUUCUCUCGGACUCUCUUAUGCUUCCUUUUCCAUGGCGCUAGGUGGGUUUUACCUGUGGACUUAUACUUAUCAGCUUGUGAAAACCUCGUCCAUGCGAUUGCAAGCACUUGAAGUUGAAGAAACAGAGGAGCAGUUGAAAGCACCCAACAAGCCUUCCAAUGAAGAUCUACAAGCUCACCUUCUCAAUAAACAAAAUGGGGAACAAGCCCAUCUUCUUCCUGUUUCAGUCUCAUCUACCAACACCUUGUUGGAACAGGUUGAAUCCCAACAAGCAGCAGGUAGCUUAGAGGUAGGUAGCUUAGAGAAAGGGGAAUCACCCUCCGUUUGGGCUAAAACACUUGAAUUUAUGCAUAGCAUUAUGGAAGAAUUGAUGGCCCCUCCAUCACUAGGAGCUAUUGUGGGUUUCAUUUUUGGAGCGGUGGCAUGGCUUAGAAAUCUGGUGGUUGGGGACAAUGCUCCAUUUAGAGUCAUCCAAGACUCAGUUCAACUACUCGGAGAGGGGACAAUUCCAUGCACUACUCUCAUAUUAGGUGGGAAUCUGGUUCAAGGGUUACGGUCGUCAAAGGUGAAAGCAAGCACAAUCAUUGGAGUGAUUGGAGUUCGAUAUAUUGUAUUGCCUAUAAUUGGAAUAUCAGUAGUGAAAGCGGCAAAUGCAUUAGGGUUCUUGGCGCCGGAUCCUCUUUAUCAUUUCUUGUUGAUGGUUCAGUACACCACGCCACCCGCCAUGGCUAUUGGCACAAUGACUCAACUGUUCGGUGUUGGUCAAGAGGAAUGCUCUGUUAUUAUGCUUUGGACCUAUUUGGCUGCUGCUCUUUCUCUCGCUCUUUGGUCUGCAGUUUUCAUGUGGAUAUUGUCUUGAUUCUUUUUCUUCUUAUAUUCUUUUUGUAAAAUCUAGUAUAUUUGUUUUGCCAACCCAUUUUGCUAUAUUAAAAAAAUAUAAAAAGGGAAGUAGGUGAUAAAAUAACAUAUCAAUACUCAUUCAAUAUAUAUAUGUAUAUAUAUUUUUUUUUGUUGAAGUCAUAUACGUUAUGUAUGCAAAAGUUAAAACAUUAAUUAUUUCAACACCUUUUUCUUUGCUUCCUUGGAAAUCAA